AUGUCAACGAAGACUGUUGAGAAGGUUAUUCAAAUGAGGCAAGGGCCGCCAUGGGGAUUUCGUCUUUCAGACACAUUCAAUGGAAAUUUAGUCGUCUCCCAAGUUCGACGACAAAGUCCAGCGGAUGUAGCCGGUCUGCGUGAAAAUGAUAUUGUUCUUGCCCUCAAUAACUAUCCAACCAGAGGACUAAACCGCUCCUAUGCCAUCGAGAUCAUCAACAGUUCCAAGUAUGAGCUGGAUCUAGUUGUUCAAAGACAAGAACGGCGAAAGCCACAAAUGAUGACCUUCUUCUUGGAUACGAGUGCUGCUAGGGGUCAACUGGUACGUCAAGAGACGGCAUCUCGUGACCUUGACAUCUCCUGGCGGAAGGAGCCAUCACCACCACCGCCACCUCCAGAACCACCUAGAAUUCAACCUAUAGACCCUAAUAUCACCCCCGUCUCUCUGGAUCGCUUAUUGAAGGAAUAUGAUGCACCGAAGACCACUCCACCCGCUAAAAAGCGAACUUUUGCCAACUCAGCCUUCUACGGUGGGACCAAUGUUUAUUAUCCAAGCGUGGAAGAGCAAAUUGAAAUGGCGCGCAGAGUUGCCAAGAGCAUCGAGGCUCCAGUUAAUCAGGGCUCACGUGGAGCACGUAUGUUUGAGUCUCAACAGCAGAGAGUGGAGAAAUAUGUCAAAGAGGGACCGGAGCCUAUUCCUGAUCCUAUAGAAAAUGCUACAGCUCAACAACUGGAAUAUAUGAUUCCUCCGGUGCCUCCACCACCGGCACCACCCCCACCUCCGAGCUAUCCAACCUUGACCUCAUCCGCCCCUCCUCCACCUCCAGCCCCACCUCCUCCCCCAGGCCAACCGAGGUCAAUUCAAGAGUUCAUUGAAAAGAUGCAGCUCUUUCCAAAGAAUACUCAUACGGAGAUUUCACCACAGGUAUGCUUUGACAUCGCCUCUGCUCUGCAUACUUCUGGUAGUCGCGGUGGUGCAAUGUUUGCGAAGAGACGGGCGAAGGCUCAGAAUUGGGAAGUAGAAACUCAAGGUACCAAUUCCAUGGUAUUGGAGCCCAAAGUGGCGGAGAGACCUAAAUUGGUUUCAAAACUUGAACAGCAGCAUCAACAACAACAACAGGCCUAUAGAAUUCAGCAAGCACAACAGGCGACUCUACCACAAAGUGUCUUGCAGCUGAAUCAAAUGAAUCCUAGGCCUGAACCAGCUAAUAUGGGUAUGUUGGUGGGCAUUAAUCAUUGGUAA